UUGAACUUGAUUGAACUUUAUCUGCGGUAAAUAGUUGUAUGGUUGUAUGCAUGUAUCAGCACUGUAUGUAUAUAUGAGAGAAUAGUGAAGUCGAAGUGUAGGUAGUUAGAAGAUAACCUUCAGCACUUGAUAAAUCACUCGAAAAUGAUUAAAAAAGGAAGGUUUUUAAUGAACUUAACGAAAGACAAAAGAAUCAGUUUCUUAUUUAAAAAACAUUUCUCCGAGACUGUCGCGGCUGACAAGAAUGAGAAAACGACACAUUUCGGGUACAAAACUGUUAAAGAAAGUGAAAAGGUGAAGGAAGUCUACACGGUUUUCGAAAAUGUAGCGAAUUCCUAUGAUCGAAUGAACGAUGCUAUGAGUUUUGGGAUUCAUCGUCUUUGGAAAGAUAUUUUCAUUCAGAGACUUGGACCGACUCAUGGAAGUAAAUUAUUAGAUUCAGCUGGUGGUACAGGAGAUAUCACGUUUAGGUAUUUGAAUUAUUUGAAGAAUACGCAGAAUCACCAAGGAUUGAAAAGCUCCGUAACAGUUUCUGACAUAAAUAAGAAUAUGUUGGAAGUUGGUAAAGUUAGAGCUGAGAAACUUGGAUGGACAAAUCUAGAUAAUGUUUCCAUUGACUGGAAGCAAUGUGAUGCAGAACAGUUACCUUUCGAAAAUGAUUCAUAUACUGCUUAUACGAUAGCUUUUGGUAUAAGAAAUGUGACACAUAUUGAUAAGGUACUCUCUGAAGCGUACAGAGUACUUACACCAGGUGGACGUUUCAUGUGUUUAGAGUUUAGUCAUGUGGACAAUAAUGUUUUCAAAUGGUUCUAUGAUCAAUAUUCAUUUCAAAUAAUACCUGUAUUGGGUACGCUCAUAGCCGGAGAGUGGCAAGCUUAUCAAUAUCUUGUUGAAAGUAUUAGGAAGUUCCCAAAACAAGAGGAAUUUAAGGAGAUGAUAGAGGAAGCAGGUUUUAGGAAUGUAACAUAUGAAAACAUGACAUGCGGAAUAGUGGCUAUUCAUUCAGGUUUUAAACUCUAACGUUUAUACUAUCAGACAUAAUGAAACAAACAAUAAUUUAUUUGAUUGUAUAAAAGAAAU